CGGCUCGGCUCGGGCUGAGCUCGGGCUGGUCCCGGUCCCCGCCGAUGCCAUGCUGAGACCCGAGAUGUCCGCAUCCUACCAGGAGUGUGGCCUGGACUAUGCAUGUUGCACUUCUACCAUGUGUGUCAGCCAGCUCCAUAUGUUAAGGAUUGUCCCACAUGCCAUGCCGCAAGUCUAGAUGCUGUCUGAGUGAAGAUGUGGAGCGAGCAUCUGAACACCCAACAGAUGAGAGAGAAGGAGAGAUGGAAGUGCAUGAAGAUGCCAGCUCUAUUAUUCUACCAGAUAGUGAACUGGGGACCACUGCCCCUUCUUUGCGUUUCAGCAAGACCUGCCUAAAGAAUGUCUUUUCAGUAAUUCUCCUGUUUAUUUAUCUGCUGCUCAUGGCUGUAGCUGUGUUCCUUGUCUACCAAACCAUCAGUGACUUCAGGGAGAAGCUCAAGCACCCAGUGAUGUCUGUCUCUUACAAGGAAGUGUCCUUGUAUGAUGCACCUGGUAUUGCCUUUUAUCCAGGCAAGGCUCGGCUGCUGAGCUGCAAGCAUCAUUACUAUGAUCACAUUCCACCUCUGAUCAAUCCAGGUCAACCAGGAGACAUUGAAUGCACCACUCAGAGAAUCAACUACACAGAUCCUUUUACUAAUCAAUCUAUGAAGCAUGCUUUGGUUGUUCAAGGCCCUCGUGAUGUGAAGAAAAAGGAACUGGUGUUUUUGCAGUUUCACUUAAAUGGAACAGACCAGGAUUUUAGUGCCAUUGACUAUCUUCUGUUUUCUUCUUUCGAAGAGUUCAUCAACAGUCCAGAAAGAGCAGAAUUCAUGAAGGACUGUGAAAGUUCAUAUUCCAGCUGGAAGUUUUCCGGAGGCUUUCGAACUUGGGUCAAGAUGUCCUUGGUGAAAACAAAAGAAGAAGAUGGCAGUGAGACUGUUGAAUUCAAGCAAGAGACCAGCGUGGUGAACUACAUUGACCAGAGAACUAAACCAAGAAGUGACCAGCUGUUCUUUGUGGUAUUCGAAUGGAAAGAUCCUUUCAUACAGACGGUGCAAGACAUUGUCACAGCAAACCCCUGGAACAUGAUUGCUCUUCUCUGUGGCAUCUUCCUGGCUCUGUUCAAGGCCGCGGACUUUGCAAAGUUAAGUGUCAAGUGGAUGAUCAAAAUCCGAAAGAGACAUCUGAAGAGGAGUCAUCAAGUGAGGAACCACAUAAACUGAGCCUCUGCAGGCUGCCCUUGGACUGCUCACAGCAGAAGGGAUAGAGAAUAACUGGAAUAAGCUUCAGUCAGCAAUGACAGGCACUGAACAGGUAUGUUUGUUUGCUUCAGACAAGCCACAGCUGGAGGAGCAGCCUUGGACUUCAGAAAGGAGCUUCACUCUAGGACAGGUCUAACCAACUCACACUUUCCUAGUCCCACUUUCACAAGUGUACCUCAGGCCAUGGGGGACCAGUGUUUGAAUGCUGCUCAGCAUGGGUGAGCAUUCAAGUGCUGCAGGAGCUGGGUUCUGCAGGUGCUCCCCUCAGUUACUGCUGGGACCAGGUGUUAGUGGAAGGUAAAGCACUCAACAGGAGUCUGGCCUCCCCUCCCCAAAGUGUGCCUUGUAACAAAAUACACUGGAAUUCUGUGACAUGAUGGCUUUGAUUUGAGUGACUUUAAUAUUAAACCGUACUUCUAAGAAGUA